AUGGUUUCAACAAGAGGGUAUGUGUACAGUUUUGGAAUUGUAGUGAUGGAAACAUUCACAAGAAGGAAGCCAACAUAUGAGAUGUUUGUAGGGGAAAUGAAUUUAAAUUUGUCAGAUGUUGCGGCGGCAUUGGAAUACCUUCAUCAUGGUUGUGCAAUACUUAUUGUCCACUGUGACUUGAAGCCGAGCAAUAUACUACUAGAUGAUGCUAAGGUUGCACAUGUUGCUGAUUUUGGAAUUGCAAAACUCUUGGGUGGAGGAGAUUCUAUGACCCAAACCAUGACCCUAGCCACAGUUGGGUACAUGGCUCCAGCAGAGUACGAAAUGGAAGGAAUUGUUUCAACUAGAGGGGAUGUGUACAGUUUUGGAAUUGUAUUGAUGGAAACAUUCACAAAAAGGAAGCCAACAGGUGAGAUGUUUGUUGGGGAAAUGAAUUUAAAGCAAUGGGUUUCAAAUUCACUACUAGCAGACGCAAUCGUUGAAGUUGUGGAUGCAUAUUUACUUGGGGCAGAGGAAGAUCAUUUUGUAGCCAAGAGGGAUUGUUUAUCGUCCAUUAUGAGAUUAGGUCUUGCUUGUUCUGCAGAAUCACCCGAAGAAAAGAUGAGUAUGCAAGAAGUUGUGGUCACACUCAAUAGAAUCAAGAUCAAAUUUUUGAAGGACAGUGGAGUUGAGUAG